CCGCGACCUCCUCUCCCUGUACGGUUGCUCCCUCUCCUGUACCUCGCAUGGGCUGUGUUGCCAGUGGAACCGGCGCACUGGAGCAGGGCAGCAGCAUGAGUGGCAACACAGAGGGGGUUUUCCUCUCUCCGCCGAGUCAGUGAGAGAAGAAGAGGACAGACAAAGAAGACUAAAGAAGAAUUAAGAGAAGAGGAGAGACCUCUUCUUCUUCAUUACCUGGUCCCAUGUCUCCGAAAGUGGGACCCACCGCUCAAAGCACAGGCACCCACCUCUGGAUGCUGCUGUGCCCCGUGUUUUGUACUCUGGUCCUGGCCAGAGGCUCCACGCUGAGCCCUGAGGACUCGCAGAGCACCGCUGCAACAUCGCUGCUGGAGGACUGGACCGGCUCGACGAUCCAGCUGCAGCCAGACCUGCAGACUGAAGCAGAGGGGCCAACGGAAGCACAGACAGAGGCUCUGACAGACAUGCCAACUCAGAGCACUACCCGCAACUAUACAGGUCUGUCCUGUAUCCCUGUCAUGCCACCACGUCGGGGUUCCUUCUAUGUAGAGAGUGGCACAGGAGUGUCAAUUGGCACCGUGUUGGCCUUCUGGUGCAGAGAAGGAUACCAGCUGGUCGGCAGCGACAAAAUCUACUGCAAUGUCAGGAACGGAAAACCGCAGUGGAGCAACUACCUGCCUGUCUGUGAAGCGAUCCCUAGACCUGAGGAUCGUGGUCUGAGAGUGGCUGUGUUGGCUUCAGUGGUGAGUGGCAUUGUCAUCCUCGCCAUGUCCUUGUCCUUCCUUGUCUGCUGUCUGCAGGAACGAACUAGUCGGGACCGAGCCAAGAAGGAGGGACGGAGCAGGCGCAGAGAGAAGCGCUCGGCCCGUCGCAGCGAGUGUUGGCUGGAGAGAGAAGAGGGUGACUGGGAAGCUUUCCCUCCACCCAAGAUCUUCCAUCUCUCCCAGAGAAUGAACCCCCGUCUGGCUCCCGACAGCCCCCUCUACCUGACUGGAGGACUCAGUGGAUAUGAAAACAGAGGAUACCAGAGGAGUCAGGAGAGUUUGCUGAAGGCCUCCAUGCCCGGACUCUACCGCUCUGAGUCGCAGCUUUACCCACACGUCGUCCUGCAGAGGGUCCCGACUCCGACGGCACCCUCCGCCCCUUCAGCUCCAUCCGCCCCUCUCUACCUCCACCUCCCCUCCUCCUCCUCCGCUGCCUCCUCACCAGCCCACACAACCACCCAUAGCCUGCCUCACAUCAUGGCGCAGUAUCCUACCCCGACGUACCCGCCCAACCCCAACACAGCUGUGCCAGCCUACCCCCACCCGACACCGGCGCCUAUCUACCCCAACCCCAACCCGACUCCACAGCGCCCGUGGCAGUAGCUGUGUCAUUCACCUUCCACAUUCACAGGUUGGCUGUGCCGUUCCUGCUGAAGAUGUUGACGGGCCACGCAGAGCGUCAGCGUCACCGGCAGGCUUUGGAGGCACAUGAAGUCUUCUCGUCCUCCUAACCCCUGUAUUCUCCCACAGAAAGCUGUUCCAAAGGAGACACAAAAAACUGUGUAGAAGCUCACCCUUUUGCCGCAUGCUUGCUGAACUUCUCCUGCAUUUUGAACUGAACACAUUAGAUUUUUUCCCCUUAAUUGUUUCUGAACUGCUGUUGCACACGCUGCAAGAGGAGUUCUUUGGAGAAAGCCUCAAGCAGCAGCUCGACAAGGGAACAGAGGAAGUGUUGUACAAAUUUGGUUCAACCUGCAAUGAAGGAUCAUAAAGGACUUCAACUAUGGCCGCCACUGUUUAGGCAGCUCAAAUCUCUCAGCAGACUUUUGUUAAGAAAAAGGAUCCCUAUCAGCCUUCCUGAGGUCCACUUAAUCUAAUUUAGACAGACUUAACAUGAACUUCUGAAAUCUCACGUGUAAUGAAAAGUUUUAGGUCACUUUACAGCUCUUAUUAAUAUGUCCUGGUAUUUUCCUGUGUGGAGAAAAUAGACUGAUGAUAGAGACUUAUGGGUAGCAAAUACACUGUGAUUAAUGCCGCUGUUGCUGCAACCACUGACUGCAGACGAUGUUUGUGCUGUUUGUAAGGAUUUAAUGAUAAAGUAAUCGUUUUACAUUGAUCCUCUCUCUCUCACCAAAACUAUUAACUAAAUGUAAUAAUUUUUUGUCUGUGUCUGUUUGUUUUUCUCUGUCUGUACUGCAAAAAUACUGGCAAAUUUAGUCAGGGCCCCUGCUGAAUUUAGGAACAUCUAGAAUAUACAUGACUACAAUACUGACUGGAAAUCAGACCUGGUUGAAUAAUAAAUGCAAAUAAUCACAACUUGAAAUAAUUAAAGUCUGGUUUGAGCCCUAGAUCGGUUCAGACAAAACGUUGUUAACCACACAAAAACUCUUAUGUAAUGUAACUAAGGUUCUCUGGUAAGGUAUAGCAUAAAAUAUAACAUAUUGACAUACAGACUGCAGUUUUGUCCUCAUUGCUCUGGAAACUGCACAGAAAUGCACUGAAAUGUAAAGUCUGAGCAGGGAGAUGGACGAACCUCUGAACCAUUGACCACCGUUGAUGACCUAUAAACUCUGAUUCACUUGAAAUCUCUAAACCUUAGCUGCAGUUGUGCAGUACAUGAAAUGUGGAAACUGAUCAAUUUCAUAAUAAAAGAAAUUAUCAACCUUGAAGCUUUAUAAUUCCUUUGAUCUAUCUACAUGCAUUUUAAUCAUAAACUCUACACAAGAGCUCGAGCUGUGGAGCUGUCUUCAUUUUUAAUUGAUUCAGUAGAUACACUAACAAAUCUGCACUUUACAUUUUUUGAAUGGGGGGAUUUAAAAGGAUUGGACUAGGAAGCCCUGAAUAUUUGUCUUACUGUAAAGUGUUUGUUGUAUAACAACAAGACUGCCAUAAAAGCUGAAUAAAGAGACCUUUGUUUAGUUGAA